CGCGGCCCGGCAGUCUACGCGCGUCAGUGUCGCGGCGCGGACCUCUCGAGCGGCGGGAUCGCGGCAGCAUCGCUACCCAUCACCAGAAUAGGUGCGCGGCGCGAGUGAUUCCAAAUUCAAAAAGUGAAUCCAAUAUUUUUCUUUUUCUGUGGACUGUGCACACGGAUUGUCUGCAGCCUGCAAGAAUAAGAUAAAAUACAACGUUGGCUGUGAACCCACUAAGUCAUAUAAUUAUUAUUUCGCAUGAAACCAGCAAGCUAGCUUUAAUACAAAGCCGGGUCUUGAACCCAAUACCAAAGAUGAGAGCUGCCGCGUGGAGCGUGGCGCUCGCGCUCGUGCUGAGCACGGCCGCCACCGACUCCAAUGAAGACGGCAAGUCCUCCACCGAGACCACCUCAGCAUCAGCCCAAGAGCCUCCCCGCACGGACGCUUGGAUGCGCACGCCAGCCGGCAGCGUGGCAGUCAGGACCGGGGAAGACGCCCUGCUGACCUGCGUGGUGUUGGGCGCGAAGGGGAAGCCCGUGCUGUGGCGGCGCGCGAGGGAUCUGCAGCUGCUGACGGCUGGCGGGGUGCGGGUGACCAGGGAUGACCGGGUGCACGUGCUGCAUGAUGAUUCGGAGGAGCCGCUCCAGGGCCCCGGAAUCAGGAAGGGCGGCGACGUGUGGGCGCUGGUCAUCAAGUCCGUGCGGGCCUCCGACGCCGGUCUCUACAUGUGCGAGCUGAACACCGAGCCGCCUGUGAGGAGCUUCCAUAGACUUACUAUAAUAUCCCGAGGCCUGACGCCACCGGAGCACCAGAACGCCACAGACUCCUACUCAGCCAACGCGCCCACCCUGUCCCCCAUGGCGCUGGCCCACAACUACACUGACUGCUGCCUCGCCGCCAACAUCAGCAAGCCCUGUCUAGGGUUCUGCAGCAUACAGACCAUUCUGGAAGGCACGGGGCAGGACCCCGAGCAUUGCCAGCCGGAUUUCCCUGCUAUUGUGAAAUGCAUGGCGGACGGUCGCAACCACGUGCCGUGCUGUGUGCAGGAGCGGGUCCCGGACAUUUGCCAGGACGUGUGUCGCGGCGAGUUCACGCCCGUCACCGACAACAUCAAGUCGCACUACUCCUGCGCGGCCUAUAUGGAGAAGACGCUGGCUUGUAUCGUUGAGGGGAUUGAACUAUUACCAAGUCCACCAGAAGACGUCGAGGUAGAGCCAUUGAACGAGAAACAACUGAACGUGACUUGGAACCCUCCAACUGAGAACACUGACUCGAUAUCAGAAUACGUAGUCAACGUGACCACACUACGAUCCUUCGACUCCCAUCUCAUAGACACUGAUGACAGUAACGCUACCAUGAGGAGUAUACAGUCAAGCACGUACAAGGUGCAAGGGAAUACUACGUUUUUGAUCCUGAAUAAUCUGCUGCCGUUCACGAUGUAUGAGAUCACAGUCACGUCGUAUAAUCUUCACGGGUCCAGUUUGCCAAGUUAUGCUGUCAGGUCUCUAACUCUAUCAACGGGCAAGAUGAAGUCCACAGCGGUGGCGGCCGCGCCGAAGCUCCCCGAUGUCAGGUCGUGCUGCGUCAACGCCGGCAUCAACCACAACGAGUGCAUCGACAAGCUGUGCGACCCCACCAAGACCUUCGAGAUCGACUUGCAGGUGACAGAUCUGAUGAUUUGCGCUCCCUGGGCCGGGGUCACCUUCGGCUGUCUCGCUAACGGCAUGGACCACACACCCUGUUGUCGUGCCCGAGGCUUGCCGGACCCCUGCCUCCCACUGUGCAGCGGAAAUAUCACCACGCUGGAUUUCAAUUACUUUAAGUGCCUCCGCUACAUAUCCUCCUACACCAACUGCCUGCUGCAAGGCUACGGCGUGCUCCCCGGCCCGCCCUCGCGGCUGCACCUCACCAACAUCGACACGGAGUUCGCGGUGGUGCACUGGGCAGCUCCGGCGGUGCUCGGGGAUACCGUGCAGUAUUACAACUUGCAUUACCGCACGCUGACUGGACCGGAGGAGUAUAGGAUUUUGGAGAAGCUCCAAUCCCCAUACAUCCUGGAAGACCUGGAGUCCAACACCGACUACGAAAUCUACGUGGAAGCUGUCAACGAGCACGGCAUCGGGGAGGCGUCUCCGAGACUCAUCUUCAGGACACAAAGCCAGAUAACCCGAGACGAGGAAGAAGUCUCCAAGGCCUACAACGUCACCGCGUGCUGCGAGCGCGUGGCGCUGACCGGCGUGUGCAUGCCGCUGUGCGCGUACGACGCGCGCAUGUCGGACCUGCGCACGCUCGCGCCGCUGUGCGCGCAGGAGUUCCAUAAGCUGCUGCGCUGUGGGGCUGGAGGUCGUAACCACGAGCAGUGCUGCGCGCGGCGCGGCGUGCCGGCCAACUGCCGCGGCGUGUGCGCGGGCGCGCUCGGCGCCGGCGUCAACACCUGCGUGCCUUACAUCGGGAACAUCGUGCAGUGCUUCGAGGAAGGUACAGGCCUCCUGCCCGGCCCGCCGCGCGAGCUGCACGCCAUCCAGAGCAAAGAUGGCGUCGUGUCGCUGGACUGGGUGGCCCCGACCGACGGUGCCAAUGCCACCAGCUACAUAGUGCACUGGCAGAAAGUCAGCAACAACUCGCAGCCCUACUACUAUAACACGCUGCAGUUGGAUAAUCAACAGAACGUGACCGACACGGCGGCUCAGAUCAGCAGCCUCAACAUGAACAGCACGUAUCACGUGUUCGUGGUGGCCGCCAACGACGCUGGCAGCUCGCUGCCCUCUAGCAUGCUGCUGCUCAAUAUCACUGAAGUUGAGAAAGAGACGCAUGUAUCCGGCAUCCCGUCUCCCCCUCACUCUUUGUCAGUGUCCUCCCACUCGGCCACGUGGCUCGCGGUCAGCUGGCAGCCGCCGCAGUUCUCGCAGCCGGACGAAAAGAUCACUUACACAUUGUUCUACAAGUCGCCGACCCAAGCCGGUCAAACAAACGUAACCAACGUCACAACGGCGGUCCCCGGACACACCCUGGAGAAGCUCACCCCCAACACUCAGUACGUGGUGUGGGUGACGGCCCAUGCUGCUGCUGGAGACUCCCUGCCUUCGGAGACGCUGCUGGCCUGGACUGACCCCGCUUACCCUGCUUAUGUUGAGCCACCGACAAUAAACCCGGUGAACCUGGUGGUGGAGGGGUCCAGCAUGACCAUCCUGUGCAUCGCCAUGGGCACCCCCACGCCCGACAUCUCCUUGUACAUCUCGGGUCGCCUGGUCCGCCACGAGGAGACCCGCCACAUGGUGACGGUUAUCCACAACGUGACCCGCGACAUGGACCAGAUCUCGUGCUACGCGGACAACGGCUACGGAACCCCCAUGCAGGCCUCCAGGAAGAUUAACAUCUCUCAUGUGCCAUCAAUCCAAGCGUCAGGCAUCACGAUGGCAGCGGCAGGAGACUCCGUGAUCCUCGAGUGCCGCGUGGAGGCGCUGCCCAAGCCAACAGUUGCCUUCUGGAGGGACCCCAACGGGAGGACGCCAGUCAUCGACGGACCCAACUACAGCAUACAGCUGGUUGCUGAUCCUGAGGACCAAACCAAGUACACGAUGCGUCUCAUAAUCAAGAAGAUAGCAGAAACAGAUGAAGGCGACUACUUCUGCCACGCGGAGAACGCGUUCGGCAAGACUCUGCGGCCUGUGUCCGUGCGCCUGCGCCAGAGCGGCCACCAGCACAACGUCACCGAGUGCUGCACGCAGAUGAACGUGUCGUCGCAGUGCCUGGACGCGUGCAGCUUCUACCUGGACAUGGACAACAUCAUGGACCGGCCCGAGUGCGUCAACGACUUCGACAAACUCAUGAAGUGCGCUGCUGAUGGAUCUGACCACCGAGGCUGCUGCGCGUCCUGGGGUGUCCCUCGCAACUGCCUGGAGCUCUGCCGCGGGGGCUCCGUCUCCCGCUCCUGCGCCCUUCAGCACGCGAGACGGGCGCUCGCCUGCUUCCGCGAUAGUGGAGCCAGGCUGCCCGGCCCGCCCCGGAACCUGAAGGCGCAUGCCGCCCCGACCAAGAAUUCUGUGCUGUUGAGCUGGGAGCCGCCAACCAAAAACCCUCAGUCCGUGUUCCUGUACCGCGUGUUCUGGCGGGUGAUGGGCGCCAGGGCUCCGGAGAAACUGGACACCAGCGAGACCAGCGUCGUGCUGACGGGUUUGGAAGAUGGUGUGAGAUACGAGUGCGUCGUGAAGGCUGCUAAUGAUAUCGGAACAUCAACACUAUCCGGUCCGAUACAGUUCACGACAGCUGGCCAGGAGACCGGGGCUGAUGCGGCUCCGGUCAACAGCGGCAGCUCAUCAUCAGCCGUGGGCGUGGCCCUCGCCUGCAUCACCGUGGCCGCCAUACUGUUGGCCGCGGGACUGUACUACCGCUAUAGGAAGACAAUAAGACUCAAGUCACAAGGAGGAGUGGCUUUUGAAAACCCAAGUUACCUCAGAGAACCAAAUCCAGAUAAUACCAUCACAAAUGGCACCAUAUUAAAUGGAAGCGCCAACGGCGGUAAUGGCGUAGCGCCAGCUAAUGGAGGAGUAGUCUCCAACAGCGCAGCUUGGAGACAAGAAACACUACAGAACCCUGGAGCGACCAGCAUACCGGCCGCCCGAGAGGUCGACCCGUCAUUGUAUGAGGAGCUUAAGUUAGGUCAGGACGGAGCGGGCUUCAAGAGACUAAAGCCAUAGCCCGCGGUUGCGCGCCGCUCUCCGCUCCGCUCGCCGCGCUUGACGUCGCCGCGGGUGGCGCCGCGCUACUAAGCGCUGAGCCAGGCGCGCGCCUUUAUAUACCCGCCCCACCCCGACUGACGCAGUAUAGCUGUCUCGCUCGCUCGCGUAGUGAUAUCAUUGGCUCUAGCUAUCCCUACUCUAGACUAGUGAGCGGGGCCCACAUUGUUUAUAGCACCGAGCGGAGUGUUAGAUAAUGGACAAAACAAUAAAUAUAUAAUAUCUUCUGUAACAUACUUAUUGUUGUGAUUAAAACCAAAAAUGGAAUGAGAAAGCUACAUCGAAAAGGUAUUUUCUCUGCCGAUUUUCUUGUAAAUAGUAAAACGACUUGCUGAAAGUUUUCAGGAAAUUUUCAUCAAGUUGUUUCUAUGUAUCUUUACUGCUUAGAUUAGUUCUAAGCACCGAAGACUAACUAGGACACCCUAUAACAAAAAUGUGCCUUCAAACAAUAUGAUAGAGUGAAUAAAUAAAUGAACCCCUAGUUUUAGUGAAAUUGAAAUUGUAAAAAGUUUUCAUGUGUAAAUAGGUUGUAUAUCGGUACAUUCCAUAGCUGUGACCAUAUCAGUUACCUUUAGUUGAAUAAAUAUCGGAGGAAAUGUACUAUUCACACUAUGUACCUACACGAUGUAUUAAGUACAUAAAUUAUAUUAUUAUCGACCACGAAUAAACAAAUUUAGACUAUGUAACAACGAUUUGAAAGUUUGUUUUUUUACUUGUACCUAGGUUGCAUUGGGCAUUUCUACGUUCAUGAAAUUAUUGUAAUACAUACAUACGACACUGAUCUCAUGUUACCAUAUUAUUAUACUAUGUUACAAUUUGACCACAAGGUAGAAAUAAAAAGUGCCUACCUAUACUGAGGUUUGGUGAGAUAAUAACCAGAAAAUUACACAUUUUCGGAGUCUCUGCUAUAUCUAUUAUAUUGGCCCAAAUUAUGUAUGCAGUCAAAAGAUAUGAAAUAUUAGAAUAUUGAUUGUUGCACAAAAUUAGCAAGUGUAAUAGGGUAACUAUACAAUUUAUAUCUUUUGGCUGUACCUACGUAGGUACGUAGUGACAAAAUAGAGUAUUUGCUCAGAAAGUAAGGAUGUGAUGCAUAGGUAUAUUUAGUAACUUCUUACUUAUAGAUUUUAUGAAAUAAUUUUAGCAAAAAAAUGUGAUUAGAUUUGUAAAUAAACUAAUAAAUACAUUAAUAAA